CGGACUGGUCCACGCACUGUACUCACAGCCUCUCUCUCUCACACACACACAUACACACACACUCAUCCACACACACAUACACAUGCACAUACACUGUCACAGUGAAACGAGGCAGGCCUGGAAAACCGGGGCGCUUCAAUUAGCGCUCCACCGACGGAUCCCUGGCGUGGACAUUUUUAAUUUUUCAUCACAGCCUGCUUGGAUUUUUCUCAUGUGGAUUUUUGCGCAUAGAGCCCGGACUGCUGCUGAGGUGUGUUUGGGCGAUUGAAGCAUUUCGGAGAUGAAGACAAACGCUCUGUGAAUGGGAAACACCGGCACGGAGACACCGCUACCUUUCCCCCAUCUUGACAAGCACGCUCACCCUUCCGUUGGUGAGAUUUGCGCACACGGGACCGAAGCCGGUGUCUGCGCUCUGCGGGGCCGGGCGCGCGUCGUCUGGGAGGAGUAGGGAGGAUGGAGGCGUUUUUCACGGAGGGGGCCCGUGUUUGGGUCAGAGAGAAGGAGCAGCUGGUUCCCGGCACAGUCAACUCCUGCGGAGAUGGAACUCUUGUCAUCACAAUCGACUAUGGCGAGGUGUUGUACCUCCAGCAGGCCGAGGUCACCAGGGAGCGGGUGUACGCUAUGCACCAGUCCAGCAUCGAUGGAGUGGAGGACAUGUCAGCGCUGGCCGAGCUGCACGAGGCCGCCAUUAUGCACAACCUGUACCAGCGCUACCAGAAGGAUAACAUCUAUACCAAUAUCGGCAGCAUCCUGGCAGCCGUCAACCCGUACAAGCAGAUCUCAGGUCUGUACAACCCAGAGAGGGUGGACCUGUACUCUAAGCACCAUAUAGGGGAGCUGCCUCCACACAUCUUUGCUGUGGCCAAUGAAUGCUACCGCUGCAUCUGGAAACGCCACGACAGUCAGUGUGUCCUCAUCAGUGGUGAAUCAGGCGCAGGGAAGACAGAGAGCACCAAACUGUUGCUUCAGUUCCUGUCGGUGAUGAGCCAGAACUCAGCUGGGACUCCUCCAUCAGAGAAAAGUACACGAGUGGAGCAGGCCAUCGUACAGAGCAGUCCCAUCAUGGAGGCGUUUGGUAAUGCGAAGACUGUUUACAACAACAACUCCAGUCGCUUUGGGAAGUUCAUCCAGCUUCACUUCUCUGAGGGCGGAAACAUCCAGGGAGGCUGCGUCAUUGACUAUUUAUUGGAAAAGAACCGAGUGGUGAGACAAAACCCUGGAGAACGAAACUACCACAUCUUCUACGCUCUGCUGGCAGGUGCUAGCAAAGAACAUAAAAGCCUCUACUUCCUGGAGGACCCUGCCGAAUCUUUCCACUACCUCAGCCAAUCAGGAUGUCUGAAGGACAAGAGCCUGAAUGACAAAGAACUGUAUAACAGUGUUAUGGAGGCACUGAAGGUGUUGGAGUUCACAGAGGAGGAGAUCAGAGACAUGUUUAAGCUGCUGUCAGGAGUCUUACAGCUGGGAAACAUCGAGUUCAUGACUGCAGGCGGAGCCCAGAUCACCACCAAGCAAGUGGUCACUAAUGCCAGCGAGCUGCUGGGCCUGGAUGCCUUCCAGCUGUCUGAAGUCCUGACUCAGCGCUCCAUAAUCCUCAGAGGAGAGGAAAUCUGCUCCCCACUCACUAUAGAGCAGGCCGUGGAUUCCCGGGACUCUGUUGCUAUGGCGUUGUACUCCCAGUGUUUCUCCUGGAUCAUCCUCAAGAUCAAUCAGAAGAUCAAAGGGAAGGAAAACUUUAAAUCCAUUGGCAUCCUGGACAUCUUUGGGUUUGAGAACUUUCAGGUGAAUCGGUUUGAGCAGUUUAACAUCAACUACGCCAACGAGAAACUCCAGGAGUACUUCAACAAGCAUAUCUUCUCCCUGGAGCAGCUGGAGUACAACAGGGAAGGUGUCCAGUGGGACGCCAUAGACUGGAUGGACAACGCAGAGUGUCUCGACCUGAUAGAGAAGAAACUGGGCCUGUUGGCACUAGUGAAUGAAGAGAGUCGAUUCCCCAAAGGAACUGACUUCACCCUGCUGGAGAAGUUGCACAGCAGACACUCUACAAACCCGUACUAUGUCAAACCCAGACUUGCUGAGUAUCAGUUCGGUAUCAAACAUUAUGCCGGGGAGGUCCUGUAUGAUGUCAGAGGGAUCCUGGAGAAGAACAGAGACACCUUCAGAGACGACAUCCUAAACAUGCUCAAGGACAGCAGACUGGACUUCAUCUACGACUUGUUUGAGAAGGUUGGCAGCAGGAACAACGAGGAGAAGAUGGGAACAGCCAGACGCAAACCCACCGUCAGCUCCCAGUUCAGGGACUCCCUCCACUCUCUCAUGGCUACUCUGAGCGUAUCCAACCCUUUCUUCAUCCGCUGCAUUAAGCCCAACAUGGAAAAGAAUGCAAAUGUGUUUGACCCAGAGGUCGUCCUCAACCAGCUGAGGUAUUCUGGGAUGUUGGAGACUGUGAAGAUCCGUCGUGCUGGGUUCCCCGUCCGCAGAACCUUCAAAGAUUUCUUCUCUCGGUACAAAAUCAUUGUGAAAGAGAAAUCAGCAGCAGUCGCAGCAGCAGCUGCAGCAGGAGAUGAUAAGAAAAGAAGUACAGAUCUUCUAACCAAAUAUGACAAGACCAAGAAAGAGUGGCAGUUGGGAAAGACCAAGGUGUUUAUGAAAGAGUCUCUGGAGCACCGUUUGGAGAAAGACAGGGAUGAAGUCCGACGCCAAGCUGCCAUGAUAAUCCGAGCCCACCUCCUCACUUUCUCUGCCAAGAAGCACUUCAAGCGUGUACGCGCCAGUGUCGUCACCCUCCAGAAACACCUCAGAAAGCACAUCCAGCGCAAGCGGUUUGUGAAGCAACGUAAGGCAGCGCUGGUGCUGCAGAAGCACAGGCGAGGUCAGGUGGCGCGUACUCGAGUCCGAAAGCUCAGAGAGGAGAAGAAGAAGAAGGAGGAGGAAAAGAGGAAGAAGGAGGAGGAGGAGAGGAAGAUGAAGGGUGAAGGGGAGCAGGAGAAAGUCAGUGAAGGCGCAGAGAAAAAGGCUGAAAGUGAUGCUGCCACGGAUGAGGCCCGACAGAUGGAGGAGAUCCUGCAACUGGAGCGAGAGAUCGAGCGCUUGCAAAAGAAGAGAGAGGACGAGGUGUCGCAGCUGUGCGAGUCCUCCAAACAGGAGUUGCAGCUGCGCCGGGACGCUGAGCUCAAACGGAUGAAGAAGGAGGCGUCCCGCAAGGCCACAGAGCUCAUUGACCUCCUGAACUUCGGAGGUGUGGAUCCAUCGCUGGGAGCAGUCGCGGCCAAACCGGCCACAGAGGCAAAAGCUCCAAAAGCCGCCACCAGAGGUGCGUCCAAAGAAGAGGAGGUGGACGAAGGGUUUCAUGCUGAGGAGGAGUGCAUCCCUCUCCCGGACUUCCCUCCUCCUGCUGAGACUGAUGCGAUUGAUCAGGAAAUAUUUGCUCACCUUCCUCCUCCUCCUCCUGCCUUUGCAGAGGGGACAGUGCCUCCUGCACCACCUCCUCCACCUCCUCCACCUCCUCUCCCCGCAGACGGUGUGCCUACUGCUGGAAUUCCUCCCCCUCCUCCUCUCCCUCCACCUGGAGAUGGCGCCCCUGUCCCUCCACCACCUCCUCCUCCUCCUCCUCCACCACCACCACCUCCUCCAGGAGAGGCGGAGAAGAAAGAUGGAGCCAAGGCAGACCAGGAGAGGAAGGUGAGCAUGGUGGAGAGCCUGGGGGACGGAGAAGAGCCCAUCUACAGCAUGCCAGCCGACACCGAGUCAGAUUACGACCAGGAGGAUGAGGAGGGGUCCGUCAACGCCGGAGACGACAGCUCCGUAUCGGGGAGCAACCGCGGGAGCGCCGCCGUGACAGAUGACGAGCACCCAAGGAAGUCGACCUGCACCAACGCCAGCAUUGAGUCCUACAGAGGCAGCUCUGACUCUUAUGCAGACAGUGAUGAUGAACACGAUGGCAUGAUGGACACUGAUGAAGAAGUGACUAACGGCAGGGUGACCUUGCUCAAUGGGAACGGACCACCAUAUUUCCACGGCUACCUCUACAUGAAGGCUGGUCUGAUGAUCCCAUGGAGGAGGCGCUGGUGUGUGCUGAAGGAUGAAACCUUCAUGUGGUUCCGCUCCAAACAGGAGUCCCUCAAGUCCGGCUGGCUCUACAAGAAGGGAGGAGGCCUGUCCACUCUCUCACGGAGAAACUGGAAGAUGCGCUGGUUUGUCCUGAGAGACAGCAAACUGAUGUACUACGAGAAUGACAGCGAGGAGAAGCUGAAGGGAACCAUCGACAUCCGAGCUGCCAAGGAGAUAGUGAACAAUCAUGAAAAGGAGAACGCUCUGAACAUUGUGACGGAUGAGAGGACCUAUCAGGUGUUUGCCGAGUCACCAGAGGAUGCAAGUGGGUGGUUUAAUGUGCUCAGUAAGGUGCGUGUGUGCACUCCUGAGCAGCUGCUGGAGAUGUCUCAUGAACAGGCCAACCCAAAGAAUGCUGUGGGAACUCUUGACGUGGGCCUGAUCGACUCUGUUUGUGCUUCAGACAACCCCGAUCGGCCCAACUCUUUCGUCAUCAUUACGGCCAACCGUGUGAUCCACUGCAACAGUGACACACCGGAGGAGAUGCAUCACUGGAUCAGUCUGCUGCAGAAACCCAAAGGAGACGCCAGGAUAGACGGGCAGGAGUUCCUCGUCAGAGGCUGGCUGCAAAAAGAGAUGAAGACGAAUGCUAAGAGCACCUCCCUGAAGCUGAAGAAGCGCUGGUUUGUUUUGACCCACAACUCCCUGGAUUACUACAAGAGCUCAGAGCGGAACUCGUCCAAGAUGGGAACUCUGGUCCUUAACUCCCUCUGCUCCGUCAUUCAGCCGGAUGAACGAGUGCACAGGGAGACAGGCUACUGGAACAUCAUUGUGUAUGGGAGGAAGCAUUCCUACCGCCUCUACACCAAGAUGCUGAACGAAGCCAUGAGGUGGACGGCAGCCAUACAGGGAGUCAUUGACAGCAAGACCCCGAUAGAGACCCCGACUCUGCAGCUCAUCAGAGACAUCAAGGAAAACAGCGUGAACCCAGAUAUCGUGGAGCAGAUGUACAGGAGGAACCCCAUCCUCAGAUACACUCAGCAUCCUCUGCACUCCCCUCUACUGCCGCUCCCUUACGGAGAGGUCACCAGCGUACAAAGGCAGCAGGGCUACGCCAGUCUGCAGGACGAGGCGGUGCGAGUUUUCAACUCACUGCAAGAGAUGGAGACGCUGGCGGACACGGUGCCCAUCAUUCAGGGCAUCCUGCAGACCUGCCAGGACCUGCGCCCACUCAGGGAUGAGGUAUACUGUCAGGUGAUCAAGCAGACCAAUCAUGUGCCUCAGCCGAACAGCCCAGCCAAUUGUGCACACUGGCACCUGCUCACCUGCAUGAGCUGCACCUUCCUACCCAGUCGAGCCAUUCUCAGAUACCUCCGCUUCCACCUCAAGAGGGUGCGAGAGCGCUAUCCCGGCACAGAGAUCGAGCGUUACAGCACUUUCAUCGGGGAAUCCCUGAAGAAGACCAAGACUCGUGAGUUCGUUCCCUCUCAGGAGGAGAUUGCCGCCCUGCUGGUGAGACAGGAGAUGAGCACCACCGUCUACUGCCACGGAGGAGGCUCCUGCAAGAUCUCCAUCAAUUCACACACCACAGCUGGAGAGGUUGUGGAGAAGCUGAUCAGAGGUUUGGCCAUGGAGGAGAGCAAGAACCUGUUUUCUCUGUUUGAGCACAACUCCUUCACAGACCGAGCUCUGGAGAGCAGAGUGAUCGUUGCUGAUGUUCUGGCCAAGUUUGAGAGGUUGGCAGGCAGUGAAGAAGAGGAGGAGGAAGGAGAAUGGAAACUCUACUUCAAGCUCUACUGCUUCUUGGAUGUGGAGAGCAUGCCGAAAGAAGGAGUGGAGUUUGCUUUCAUGUUUGAGCAGGCCCAUGAGUCUUUGAUAAGUGGUCACUUCCCGGCCUCAGAGGAGACCUUGCAGCACCUGGCUGCUUUACGUCUCCAGUAUCUCCAUGGCGACGGGGCAGGUCGGGCCGGUUGGAGCCUGGGAAGCGUCUAUCCAAUCGGACGUCUCCGCAAUCGCAUCCUCCACUCCACCAAGCCGGGCGUGGGGGCGGCAGGUGGAGCCGGAGGAGCUGGAGUCGGAGCAGGAGACGGGAAAGGAAUGGUAGGAGGACAGGGAGGUGUCGGGGUCGGCACGGAGAAACGGAAGACCCCGAGCUUCCUGGAUGGCACCCUGAGGAGAAGCUUCAAGACUGGGUCACUGAAGAAGCAGAAGGUGGAGGAGGAGCAGAUGCUGGAGAUGUGGGUGAAGGAGGAGACAUCCGCCACACGCACCAGCGUCCUGGAGAAGUGGACCCGGCUGCAGGGCAUGCCUCAGCAUCAGGCCAUGCUGAAAUACAUGAGCAUCAUCAAGGAGUGGCCUGGAUACGGAUCCACUCUGUUUGAUGUGGAGUGUAAAGAAGGAGGUUUCCCUCAUGAUCUGUGGCUGAGUGUGAGCGCUGACAACGUGUCGGUGUAUAAACGGGGUGAACCUAAACCACUGGAGACCUUCCAGUAUGAACACAUCACCUUCUUUGGAGCUUCACAGCCGUGCACCUACAAGAUCAUCGUGGAUGAGAGGGAGAUGUUCUUUGAGACGCCACUGGUUGGGGAGAUCACCAAGAUCAUGAGGGCCUACAUCAACAUGGUGGUGAAGAAACGUUGCAGCAUCAUGUCAGUGACCAGCGUAAGCAGCACCUGGGUCAGGUGAUCGCCACAAACCAGUCAGACCCCUCGGUUCAUCCAGUGGCAACAGAUGCCUCGGCCCCCCCUGCAUCGGUCGGUUGGUUUUGAUGGAGGCAGUCACACCAGCCAUCCUCAAGGUUGAAUCAAGUGUGGUGGAAGAUCAAAACGGGGAAGAUAGAAGUGGACACAGAAGCCAAACGCACACUCUUCUGGCCUGGGUCUCACUUGGGAUGGGGGGAUAAUUUUAAAAUGUGCAUGACAAAGAAAUCAACCUGUAUUUUGGGACGGUCCUCUCAAACACAUAACCCCUCCAGUUGUAGCCCUGCAUGUAGAUGUUUAAGCACACUCCAAACUUCUCUCUGCUUUCCUUCUCCGGACAAAACUCAGUAAUAACAAGCACAACUCAGCCGCCCAGUCCCAGUCUGUCCCAGGUGGCGCCCCCUACCCCACUCCCGACGCCCCCAGUGCACUGCCAGACAGAAGAAAGCCACACAUUCUCAGUUAAACCUUUCUUUCUCACUCCUCCAAUUUCAAGAGUCUCUCUCUUUCUCUUCACGUGUCCUCACUCCUGUUGCAUCUUCGUUUGCUAUUGGUAUUAAGUUAUUAUGCUGAAUUCUUGCUUGCUUUCUCUCUGUUGUUCUCUCUCUGUCGUUUAUCUGUAACAUCAGCUGUAUCACAUCUGUUUAUGAGAAAAAGGACUCAAAGGGCUGCUGAAGGGGGAAAGGAGCUCCCUGCCCGACAUGGCGUUUCGCUCACUCGCUCGUCAGUGCCACCGUGUGGCCACAAGAAGAAAACGCAGCCAAAGGAAGUGGCUUUAAAUAUUUCUGAACAAUAUCAAAAAGAUAUUCUUAAGAAGAAGCGGAGGUUUUACUUUGGAGGCUCUCUGGUCACGUUUAACUUGAUGCGGAGAGUUGGCGCAUGGCCUCACUCGGCUCUACAAGGAGAACAAUAUCAACCAGAAUAAUAUGAGGCGAAACAUUUCUCUAUCUAUGUCUACAUAUAACACACACCACAUAUAUCUACUGUAUAUUCACACACAUAAACUGAACCAACAUGUAUCGUUUUGUACUGUAUAUCACACAUUAUAGGAGGUAUUAUUGAAUUUCCGGUGCCCCUCUGCACUGUACAGUAUAUAGAUGCCAUGCUGAAUGCAAUGUGGCACCUCUUGUGUAAAAUACAUGCAAGUGAAUGGUGUUAAUAAUGACCACUGUAUGUCUGAAUAUGAUGCCAACACUGUACAUCGUUCACUGGCUGUGCCAUUAAUGUGAUUCACGGAGAAAUUAGUAGUAAAAACACAGACAGGCUGCCGCGGCGGCCAUGCUUUCACAGUGUUUUGAUGAUUUUAUCAUCGUCGUCGUCUGUGGGACUCACUCUGCAGCGUUAAUUGGAGCCAUAGAAUAUUGUAUAUCCCUGUCUGCCCAUGCUAUUCUCUUUAUUUCUUUACCAAGAUCAGUGACUUGAACAAUAACACAUAAGAGCUCCAGUUUGUCUGUGUUUCCAAUCUGUUUAUGAACAGCUAUCCCUCCGCUAUCUUAACCACCCUGAAGUGCUGUGUCAGGAAUGCUGGUGUGUCUGUGAGUGUGUGUGAGUGUAUUUAUGGUGUAUCAGUUGGAAAAGAAAAGGGAAAUGAGAAAAGAGAAGUGAUUUUAAUGAGUGUAUUCCUUGGAAAUAAGACGUAUUUACAUGACUAACCUUUGCGAAGAAUGGUGUCGUGAUUGUGAGUUUAAGGGAAAAGCAUGGGAUUUCAAGGGAGGGUUAGGGGUUAUUUAAUUCUUAUUGUACUGUAUGUAUUGCAAGGUGUGUUUGGAAGGAUUAUGUAUUAAAAAAAUUUAUUGAAUUUUUUAGUCUCAGUCUAAGAGGAGCAGAUAGGACACUGUGAGGAUAUGGGCUCAGAGAUGGCUCUAAAUGUGCACUGGGAAUGCUGACAGUCAUCACUGCUUUGUGUGUGUGUGUGUUUUUGGACUGAAAGUGAAGUCACUGUUUUGUCACCUAACUGCGGCACUGCAGGUAGACAGCAGCAUCCCUCAUGCAUAACACACCUUUGUUAACAAAGUGUUUCCCUGCAGCGGAUAUCUAGAGGGAAUACUUAGAUAAGACAGAAAAAACAACCAAACAUGCUCAGAUUAAUUGUCUUAAUUUGUUCUAGCUAGUGUCCAAACAAGUUUCUGUGUCAAUAUUUGCUCUAAAAACAGUUGUGGUUUGCAAGACAUUUGAGUGAACUUUAACUUCCUGUGGUGAAAGUUGUCUGCUGUCUAUCUGGAGUGCCACAUGCAGGGCAGUAGCCAAGAUUUUAGAGAUACUGAGGUCAUGAGCCAACACCUUCAACCCCUAAACCAACCCCUACACUCUAGAUAUAUAGACAUAUUGUAAUUUGGGAUUUGUCAUAGUUUAUCUUCUUAUUAAGGUUAAUUAAUUAUGGAUAUAGUCACGAAUUUUAUUCCUUAACCCUUUGAAACCUGAGCAAAUUGUCUUGAUUUCUUUAAAAAUAUGGGAAGAAGACAAUGAGCAAUGAAAGAAGAAAUUACCCCAAAAACUAGCAACACGUUAGCAAAAAGAGAAAAUUGAAAUCAAGAAAAUUAGUAAAAAAGAAAAAAGAAAGUUAAAAACAACAAACAAGGAAUUACCUGGAAA